UGAACAUCGGAUGAUACUCACUUCGCUGUUGUUCUCCGCUCCACAACGACCGCCAAGCUAUGUCGAAGAAAUCCUGCUGCCAUGGUCCGGGUUACGCAACUCCUCUGGAUGCCAUGAAGAAUGGGCCCCGGGAGAAGCUUCUCUAUACGGUGACCGUUCAGCCCAACUUGGACGAGCCCCAUGGCGACUAUCUAUCCACAGUGGAUGUGGAUCCCGAAAGCCCCACCUACUGUCAGAUAGUUCACCGUAACUUCACCAAUCGAAAAGGAGACGAGCUGCAUCACUCUGGCUGGAACGCCUGCUCCAGUUGCUACUAUGUCGACGAGAAGGCUGAGACAGUGCCAAAAAGGAAUAGACUGGUGCUGCCGGCUCUAAACUCGGACUUUAUCUAUAUACUUGAUGUGGCCACGGAUCCCCGGAAGCCAGAAAUAAUUAAGACUAUUGAUGGCGAUGUUUUGAAGAGUCACAAUGUGACUGGUCCACACACCACUCACUGCCUGGCCAAUGGAAAUAUCAUGAUAUCCGUGAUGGGCGAUGCCGGAGGAUAUGCUAAGGGGGACUUUAUCCUCUUUGAUUCAGAUUUUAAUUGCAUUGGAACCUGGACGAAGGGUGACAAGAAGGCAUUGUGCGGCUAUGAUUUCUGGUAUCAACCGUAUUUCGAUGUUAUGGUGUCCUCCGAGUGGGGAGCCCCAAAUAAAUGGCGACGUGGCUGGAGGCCCAGUGAUCUCGAGGAUAUGACCCAGUACGGCUGCCGUCUUAACUUCUACAAAUGGUCUACGCAGACCUUGUAUCAGACCAUCGAUCUGGGUGCGGAUGGCAUUACACCGCUGGAGAUUCGCUUCCUGCACGAUCCAAAACGGGCGGAGGGAUUUGUUGGCUGCGCUUUGAAUGCCAAGGUGUUCCACUUUAAGAAGAAGCCGGAUUCCGAUGAGUUCGAGGCCAAAAAAGUGAUUGACAUUCCAGGCAAGCUGGUUGAUACUGGCAGUGGAGAGGCUGAGGAUAUGGGCGGCAUGAUUUCGGACAUUAUUAUAUCCCUGGAUGACAGGUUCCUGUAUGUCAACUGCUGGCGGCACGGAGAUGUCAGGCAAUACGAUAUCACCGACUGCGAGAAUCCAAAACUUACAGGGCAGCUCUUCCUGGGAGGUGCCAUAUGCAGCGACUUGCCCAAUGUGAUCGUAAAGGAGGAUAAGGAACUAAAGGAGAGGCCUCCAGCUCGAUAUGUGAAGGGUCGCCGAUUGGAGGGUGGACCGCAAAUGAUGCAGCUCUCCCUGGACGGCAAGCGGUUGUAUGUCUCAUCCUCCCUAUACUCACCCUGGGAUAAGCAGUUUUACCCCGAAAUGGUCUCAAAAGGUGGUCACAUUGUCCAGAUCGAUGUGGAUACGGUGAAUGGGGGAAUCUCCUUGAAUGAGGACUUUUUGGUGGACUUUAAGGAUGAGCCCUAUGGUCCUGGUCUGCCCCAUGAAAUGCGCUACCCUGGCGGCGAUUGCACAUCUGAUAUAUGGCUGGCCGAUCAAGAGUAGGUGGA